GUCGAAGCAAACUUGCAUCGAGAUAUGGAGAUAGAUCCAUCACCUUCACUCCUGGGUUCUAUAUAUACUCGCUCUCUUGUGGAUAGCUAAUGCACGCUUCAACCAUGGCGAUCCGUUCAAUCAUCCUGCUCUCAUUAUUCUCUCUCAUAUCGACAACGUCUUUGUUGGCUCUGGCGGAGGCCGGCGGAGGCAGUGACGACAUUUUGAUCCGUCAAGUCGUCGGGGACGAAGACGGCCUGUUGAAUGCCGACCACCAAUUCACCUUUUUCAAAAAGCGGUUCGGAAAGGCGUACGCCUCCAAGGAAGAGCACGAUUACAGACUCUCGGUGUUCAAGGCUAACAUGCGCCGUGCAAAGCGCCACCAGCAGCUCGACCCCUCUGCCGUCCACGGUGUCACUAGGUUCUCUGAUUUGACUCCAUCCGAAUUCCGGCGAAACUUUCUCGGAUUGAACCGCCGGCUCAGGUUCCCUGCUGAUGCUCAUACAGCGCCUGCCCUUCCCACCGACAAUCUCCCGUCAGAUUUCGAUUGGAGGGAGCACGGUGCCGUUACUCCCGUAAAGAAUCAGGGGUCGUGCGGUUCAUGCUGGUCAUUCAGCACCACUGGAGCAUUGGAGGGAGCCAACUUUCUCGCCACUAGGAAGCUUGUGAGCCUUAGUGAGCAACAGCUUGUUGAUUGUGAUCAUGAGUGUGAUCCUGAAGAACCUGGUUCUUGUGACUCUGGAUGCAAUGGUGGGCUAAUGAACAGUGCAUUUGAAUAUGCAUUGAAAACUGGUGGACUGAUGAGAGAAGAAGACUAUCCCUACACAGGCAAUGAUGCUCAAGCCUGCAAGUUUGACAAGACCAAGAUUGCUGCUAAGGUAGCCAACUUCAGUGUUGUUUCCCUUGACGAAGACCAAAUUGCAGCUAAUCUUGUCAAAAAUGGACCCCUUGCAGUGGCAAUCAAUGCCGUGUACAUGCAGACAUACAUGAGCGGAGUGUCGUGCCCGUACAUAUGCUCCAAGAGGCUGGACCAUGGUGUCCUGUUGGUUGGAUACGGUGCAUCGGGCUUCGCUCCAGUUCGGGCAAAAGAAAAACCAUAUUGGAUUAUCAAGAACUCUUGGGGCGAGCAUUGGGGAGAGGAAGGGUACUACAAAAUCUGCCGGGGUAGCAAUAUAUGUGGAGUCGACUCCAUGGUUUCAACUGUUGCCGCUGUUAGCACCACCAAUAGCUUGGACUAGCCUCAUAAAUUCUACAUUCAGAUUAUAGUACUUCUGUACAUAAUUGAGAUUACAAUCAUACAAGUGUGUAUUAAGCUUUAAGUUUCAUUAAUCAAUAUUUCUCAAUUUAGUUUAAACCACAACUUGUCAUGCAAUUCUUUACUUUUUAAAAUGUAUCUCUAUUUAUUUUGUCAUUAUGGGAUUAUAGGUUAUGGAAUUACUACACUCCUUAAAUCAUGUAUAUUUUUCUACUCCAUUUUAUAUUCACAAAACCAAAAUACAUUUGCACAUAUACAUACACAAUUUAUACUACGUGUUAUUUGAAGUGGUUGU